ACCUUAAACAAUUUUCAACAUUUCAGAUUGUUUCGAACGAACGAAAUAAGAUAGAUGUCGACAAGUGGGACUACUUUGCACGUGACAGUCACAUGUUGGGUAUUGGAAACAAUUUUAAUCACAAUCGAUUAAUAUCAUUCUCGAGGGUUAUAAAAGUUGAAGGAGAACAUCAGAUUUGCUAUAGAGACAAAGAAGCUACAAACCUCUAUGAUAUGUUUCAUAUAAGAAAUUUACUCCACCAGAGGGCGUACCAACAUAAGACAAGCAACAGCGUCGAAAUCAUGCUGGCCGAAGCUUUGGUGUUAGCUGACGAACACAUAACAUUCGAGGGGGAAAACGGAAUAUAUGUCCGCAUGUCCGAUACAGUCAAGGAUAUGAAGGCCUACACUCUUCUUAACGAUGGAGUCAUUCAUAAAAUCAUAGAAAGCGAUAGAGAGGAACUAAAAAAAUCAAAAGAAAUUCUUAAUAGGAUUCUUCGACGAGAUUUGUACAGAUGUGUCGGCGAAAAAAGGUUUGCUGGAGGGACGUUUGGGAAAGAAGAUGAUGUAUUAAAUGACAUUAAGGCCACAUUGACUGACAAGCCGCAUUUUAAAAAGACUGUUUCCGAACUAGAUAAGAAGGACUACAUAGUCGUAGAC